GCGGUCGCGGUGCCUCGAGUGCUGCAGACGAGUCGGAGCGGCCCCGGCGUGCGCACACGGGCCGCUGAGAAUCUCUCUCUCUCGAGACACGGAUGAUCGUGAUGACGGACCCCACGGGCCUGAUGGGGCCGCACUCGCCGAGCCCAAUGUUGCCCUCGUUCGGGUUCACGCAGGAGCAGGUGGCGUGCGUGUGCGAGGUGCUGCAGCAGUCCGGGAACAUCGAGCGGCUCGGACGCUUCCUGUGGUCGCUGCCGGCGUGCGAAAAGCUGCACAAGAACGAGAGCGUGCUCAAGGCCAAGGCGAUCGUCGCCUUCCACAGGGGCAACUUCAAGGAGCUGUACAAGCUGCUCGAGAGCCACACGUUCUCGCCGCACAACCACCCCAAGCUGCAGGCCCUGUGGCUCAAGGCGCACUACAUCGAGGCCGAGAAGCUGCGCGGGCGGCCGCUGGGCGCCGUCGGCAAGUACAGGGUGCGACGCAAGUUCCCGCUGCCCCGCACCAUCUGGGACGGCGAGGAGACCAGCUACUGCUUCAAGGAGAAGUCCAGGUCGGUGCUGCGCGACUGGUACGCGCACAACCCGUACCCUUCGCCGCGCGAGAAGCGCGAGCUCGCCGAGGCCACCGGCCUCACCACCACCCAGGUCAGCAACUGGUUCAAGAACAGGCGCCAGCGCGACAGGGCCGCCGAGCAGAAGGACAGUAGUGGACGUGGUUCAGCAGCCGACGGUGAGAAGGGCCACAGUUCUGCGGCGGCCAGUGCAGCUUUGGACUCAAGUUCGGACUCAAUCGACGCUUCCGACCACAAAUCCGUCCUGGACUCGAGUUCCGGCCCCCAGUCUGUUGGCAGCGUGCUGGGACCGUUGGCCUCGAGGACGCCUACGUCCGUCGACUCCAGACACAAGCUGGACGACUUUUGCUAUGCAAGAGGGCUCAUGGAGGCGAGCACCGGGCACCACACGGAGCUGACGGGGUACCCUGAGGUGAAGCCGAGCGUGGCCAGUCUGCAGGCGACGGUCAUGUCGAACGCGGCGGCCGCCGCGGCCGCCUACCAGACGCAGCUGAUGGCCCGCGGCGCGACGGCGGCCGGCGCGGCCGCGGGGGCGGAGGGGGCGGCCGGCCCCGGGGGACUGCUGGGGGCGGCGCACCACGGCGACGUGACCCUGCUGCAGGACUACCACACCUUAUGACAGUGGGCGGCCGGCUACGGGUACGGCCAGUGAAGUGCAGGACGCUCGCCUGCGGCCCCCGCGGCCCGUCUCAGCCAGCGCGGGGGCCGCCUCCGGGGGCGGGCCUCUCAGGACUCCCUGCUUGUGGAGUUUUAAGUUAUUCGCGACUCAACUGAAAAAACUGUUUUUAAUAUCGCGCGUGUGAUCCUGUCAAGAGAUGAUCGAACAAAAGAAGUGGCGCCGCUGAAUUAUUUCGGACGCUCCAUUGACCGUGGAAAACUAUAUUUCUUCUAUAUAUUGUUUUACUUUGUGAUAUAUGCGAGUUCUUUAAUUUGUUGGCGAGAGUUUUAUUUCAAAAAUUUACUGAUUAAAUUGGAUAAAAUAGCAGGGCGGAGAGAAUUAAUUUACAAACUUUUAAAAUAUUUAAAGACCAUCAUUUUUGAGACAAAAAAUUAUGCCAAAAUUAACUCGCCAUUCAAAUUUCAUGACCGGAUCGCGCUAAUUAUUAUUUUGAAAUUUUUCUGUUGCGCCGAAAAUAUGAAAAUUAGGUGAAAAAAGAAGAAACGUGUGCUCUAAUUAUCUCUGUUUAAUAGCAACUCUGUAUACGAAAACAAUGAUCCCUAAUCCUAAUAGACACAUUAAAAAGCACGAUUUUUCUGCAAAAGCAUAAGACAUUAUAAAAGAGCUCAAAUUUUAAUCCAGAAAGCACCUCAUAUUGUCAAUAAUUCUGCAAUUCUCGAUGCACAAAAAGCAAUGAUAUAAUCGGUAAGGAUACUUAAUCAACAAAUUCGCUUCUCUCUCAACUUUUGCCCAUCACAGACGUCCAAAGUAUAAUUAUAUUGAUCAAAAAGUAGUUUGGUCUUGAUGCUGUUUUAUGAUGUAAAUCAGAAGAAGAAAAUGUAGGAAUGAAUCAUCCGUGCUAGGUGCCCUUGAGGUAGUGCAUCUUUUUUCUGACUUUGGAUGACUUGCAACGCUAGAUAGAAUAUCUCAACCGUGUAGGAAUUUUUCUGUUUUUAAAUCGAAAGUGCACAAUUUGAAAAAGAUUGUUGUUAUUGAAAUACGCGAAUCAAUUAAGUGCGCGGCACGUGCGUCCAACUCACUCUCCUACUUAACGUAUAUAAAUUAGAAGCCUGCAGUAGUAAAAUGUACUGGAUAUAUUAAUUAAAAUCCCUCUCGGCACUCUUGUAAAAUAGCUGACGAAUUAAUUUAUUCCCUUACAUGUGCUAUAUAUGAAACGUCAAAACAAUAAAAUUAGCGUAAA